UCGGGCCGCUCCGCUCCACGCGGGGCAGCCGAGUCACUGCCGGUGCGGUGCCGGUCCGGGUUCGGGUCCGGGUCUGCGCCGUCUCUGCCGGUCCCGCCGCUCUGCCGGUUCCUCUCCGCGCCGUGCUGCCGGCACCGGGACCCAGCUCCCCUCUCCUCUUCAGCACAAUGGCCUGCCAAGAGAGCGAGUACCUGGAUGACCAGAAGAAAUGUGUCCCCUGCAGAAAGUGCAUGCCUGGGCAGGAGCUUUCCAAGGACUGCGGCGACGGCAGCGGCGGGGACGCGCAGUGCGUGGCCUGCCCGCCCAGGAAGUUCAAGGACCGCUGGGGACAUCACGGCUGCAAGCCCUGCCUGUCCUGUGCCCUCAUCAACCGCCUCCAGAAGUCCAACUGCACAGCCACGGCCGACGCCGUCUGCGGGGAGUGCCUGCCGGGGUUUUACAGGAAGGCACGGAUCAGUGGGCAGCUGGAGUGGGAGUGCAUUCCCUGCACCAAGCAGACGCCAUCCUCCGAGCCACAGUGUCGGUCUAGAACAAACCUGGUGAAGGUCGCUGUCCCUACUGUACCACCACAGGACACAGCCCUUCUUGCUCUGACCAGCAGUGCCCUGGUCAUCAUCGUCUUGGUGCUUCUGGCACUUUCCAUCAUCUACUGCAAGCGAUUCUGGAAAAGCCAGUGCCAGAGAGUCUUCCUGAGGACACAGAACUUCUCAGGCCAGCGAGCAACGUUCCCGACUGCAGCCACACCCGGCAGGUUCCUGUGUGAGGAGCAGAUGUCUGGACCAUGCUGCCUGGGCGUGAAGAAUUUGAGCCCUUGCUACAGGCAGGCAGAAGGCCCCGUGGAAGCGGUGCAGUUCAUUUCGGAUGGGGAAGCCGUGGGUCUCCAGCUCCCCUCUCUCCAGCCAGAGAUGGACUUGCCACCAGCCACUGCAGUCAGCACUGCCUCCAAGGCCCAGCUGGGCAGGAGCCUCCUGGAAAGCCAGCCCCUCAUCCGAACCUCGGGCCACGGUGACUGCCUGGACGGGGUCCUGCCGCCCCCCACCCCCAGGCAGGGCCGGCCAGGCACGGUGGAGGCCCUGGCCCCGCUCUCCUCCUGUGCCUCCGAGAUGCAGCACAAGUGGCCACAUGCACCCGUGGAGUGCACUGAGCUGGACCUCCAGAAGUUCUCCACCCAGGCGGAGUUUGUGGGCGGUGAGCGGCUGGAGGAUGCAGCAAGCCGGGCGAUGAAGAGGAUUCCAGCAGAGAGCGGUGCUGUGGUGCAGGAGGGGGCUCAUCACUUGCCCAUGGCCGAAAUCCCACCCGGGGAGCAGCCGGUGGAUGAUGCCCAGAGCCUGGUGACUCAGAUCAGCAGCACGGCCAAAGGUCUCCCCAUAGCAGAGCUGCCCCAUUCCUUGGUGCAGUCGCUUGCCUUCUUGUUGGACCCUUCCUUGAACGGUGUGAAGAACUUCAGCCACGUGGCACUGGAGCUGGGGCUCAUGCCCCAGUUGCUGGGACGGAUUUCAGGGUUUGAGCAGCUGGUCACACACUUCACCUACGCGGGAGCCUCUGUCACCGUCCCGCUGCUGGCGCAGGCGCUGCAGCGGCUCCAGCGGUUUGACGCCUUGCUCCUGCUCUGCGACCACUUCACACUCAGCCCCACGCCGGACUGCCAGCACUAGAGGACAGGGAGGGACGGAGGAAGCUGCAUGCACUCAUGUGAGGGAGGAUCUGGUGGCCUGCAGUCACAUAACCUCCCUGGUGUGCAUGGCAGGAGCACACAGAGGUGGUCUUUUCAUGGCGGAAUGGAAGGACACAACAGGGGCAUCUCUGCACAGGGGUUCCAGGAAGCACAGCUGUGCCUUUUCCCUGCUCCUGGGGGAGGGCUUACUCAGGCCCCUCCAGAGGCUGUUUUUCUCUGGCUGUGACACCCUUGCCUGUCAGUCACUAUGCUGCCUGUGCUGUGGUGCUCUGGCUCUGCAGCGAGCCCUCUCCUGCCCCACUGUUGCCACAGGGCUCCCUCAGCCAUGGGGCUCGGUCUUUGUGGGCAGUGUCCUCCUAUGGACCCAGCCAUCAUCUCCCUUCCAUUCCAGCUUUCCCAUCCUUCCUCUGGCCCAUGCUCUGCUUUCCUGGGUGCCAGUUGCCACUUUCUGUUUACUUUUCAGUUGCUUCUCUCCCUCUGUGUUGCAAUUUCCUUGGCAGAAGACCUGGCCAUGGCUGAUGUGCCAGGCUCCAGCCUUUGUCCCUCUGUGCUACCCUGGCACCUUCCUCUCAUGUUCAUUUGUGGUGCAGUGUAGCAUCCUGGCACAAGUUUCGGACAGGUUCCCAAGAUGAGCUGAUGUAAAUCCUCGUUGGGCUGUGGCUGUUGGCCAUGGGCAGGUGCAGGCUCACCCCAGCCUCGUGGCUGUUCCCUGCCCAUCACCUCCAAAGCUUCACAAACCGCCUGUGGUGGCACAGGGUGUCAGGGGCAGGGACACUGUGCCGUGGGUGGCAGCUGAGAGCUGAAGCUGUGACCGGUCACAAGCAGCAGUGACGUUCCUGUGCCAGCACAGCAGGAGCUCCUCCAGAAGCUCCUCCUCUUUUAAAAUAAUAUUUUUCUUUUUUUUUUCCUGCCUAAAAAUGGCCAGAUUUCUCAUUCCUGGGAGCUGCUGCUGGGAAGGGGGAGCACCCUUCUGCUUGGUAUUUCAUCCUGGGGGGAUUUGUCAUAACUUGCCACAGUCUUGCUGUCACCGCUCACCCUGAUUUCGGUGUUGUGCCUGAGCCUGGGGUCUGCAGGCAGCUGGGCUGUUCUCGGUCUGCCCUGGCCACUGGGGCUCUGCUGGUGGCCCUGGACAGGAGCUGCAGGACACGUUCCUGAGCGGGGCACAGCGCUGCGGGGGCGGCCAGGCACGCAGGCGGCGGCUCCUGCCGGGGUCACGGGCAGAGCAGCUGCCGGCGGGGCUGCGGCGGUGGCUCAGAGCCCAGCACCACUGACAGGGCUGAGGCUUCAGUCCCACUACGGGCCAUUCACUUAGAAGUUAGACUGCAUGAUCUUUGUGGUCUCUUCCAGCUCAGGAAGUGAGUGUGGUGUCACCCUAGCUGUCCCGAGACUCCCAGACAGCAUCACUGGGGCUCUGCCUCUGUUGCUUUGUUCCUCAUUGCCAUGGAGUGCCUUCUGCUGUCCUGCCUGUCACCGGGGUCUCAGGCCGGUGGUGUGGUGGUCACCAGCAAGUGGCACUGUUACCCCACUGCCUGCUGCCCCCACCCAGGCCCCUGGGCUGAGCCCACAGAAUUCUCCUUUAUCUGACCACAGUACCUGAAAGAAGGGGGUGCCCUUCCAGGAAGGCAGACCUCCCCCCCAACCCAGAUAAUAACAGCUGCUGGCAUUUCCUUUCCCUGUUUAAAGAUGCUGGGGUUUGAGCACGCCCAGAGUGUGCUCAGAUAAGUGAAGUCAUGGGCAGUUUGAGCUGGACCUGGCACUCCCCCUCACUGCUUGUUUCUUCCACAGUCAAGGUCAUUUUACUGCUCUUUGCUCCCCAAGACCCACAGCAUUGAACCUUGUUCCAUGUGGGGCCAGGAUUAGUCAGACUCUUGCUGCACAAUCGCUGUUAGGGAGCAGCCAGGAGUGUUGCUAUAGCACACACAGCCUGGGGCCAGGGAUUUCCUGUUUGAGGCUUUUCUGUGGCAGGGAGAGUGCUGGGUUUAAUCACCUCACAAAAUCCAAUAAAUAUUUAAUCCCUCUGUGGACAUAGUCACUUCCAGUGGGAGGAAAAUAACUUCACCCACUCCAUCUGACUAAGAGCCUCCCUGCAGCUCAGCUUGCUGGCCCUGGCUUUGAAGCUGGAACUGGGCUGGGUGGGUUGUCCUGUGUGUUCCCGUGUCGCCAGUGCCACCAGCGUGUGGUCACUUGGGACAGCCAGGCAGGAUGGCAGAGCCAGCCUGCUCCUGUCACAUGGCAGUGUCAGGAGCAAGAGGUGAGCAGGAAGGGCUGUUAAAUUAGAGCUGUGGACAGCAGGGACACAUCACAGGUGUGUGCUGCAAAUCUCUUCACAUGCUGGCCAGCUCCAUUGGUGUGCCAGGGUGGGACUCUGGGCCAAGCAAACAGAGUGAGGCUUUAGUUCAUUUGUUUGGAGAUUUUCCUCACUUUUAUAAAGAAAUCAACCCUUUCUCCUUCAUAGCCUUUAAGGUAAACUUAUAUUUCAAUUGUUUGAUAUCUGAGCAAUAUUGCAGUCAAAAUUUAACCCCUGACUUGAGGGUGCAGCGCUGUGCUGUGUGUGGGUCUGAGCCACGCCAUACAGGGUGUGUAGGAUGGUGUGUGCCAUGCCACAGCUCCUGCCCCUCAGGAGGCUGUGCCACAGGGUGUGCUGCCUCAGCACUGCUUGCCAGGGACUGGUUUUAGGUGUUUGAGCUGUUGUGGUUCCCCCACAGAGCCUGACGUGGGUGCAGGUCGCACUGGUGGCGCUCCAGCAGGGCUGGGCACUGCACAAGAGCAUUGCAGGACGUGGCUGUGAGGCUCCCCCAGCUCCCAGCCAAGGGCUGCUCCCCACUCUCACUGUGCUCGUGGCAGGCACCUUCCUUCAGCUGUGGUGACAAAGCCAGCUGUGUUUACAAGGGCCAAAAGUUCAACAGGUAGCCUUUAGCCCACCCUAAGACCCUUUGGCCAGGCUGCCUCCAGCCCAGCCAGAGCCCUCAGGGAACCAUGAGAGCCUUGAAAACCGGGAUAAUGCCAUGACUGGGGCAUCAGAGCCACGGUGAUCCCUGAGCAGGGAACUGCUUCAGUGGGGAACCAAUGGACUUGAUACUUGACUUUUACUUUUUAAUAGUAUUUUCAGCAUUACACAUGAAAUGUAAGGGAGGGAAAUUCCUGUAGUGCUGGAUCUCAUGCCACAGCCUCAGGAAGCCAUUUGUGCCAAGCUGGCAUGGCUCACAGAGAGGUGAAAGAAAUCAAAUAACUCUGCAUCUGUGCAAACUUGAGGUAGGACUGAACAGUGGAAACACUCCAGUGCAAUGGGGUUAUUUUUUUACAAGUGAUUGGUUUCCACACCACUCUUGCCUGGAAGUCUGAUUUGCAGAGGAAUUUGUAUGAUAAGUUUAAAUCCAGUCCUGUUCUGGGAAGCUCUUAAGCAUAGACUUAAAAUAGGCACAUACUUCACUGUUGUUAAAGUGUUUAUUCUGGUAAACAAUUGGUGAACAUCCCUCGGGUACUGUUCCUGAACAGGGGGCUCAUGAGAGCUGUCCCUCCAAUGUGCUUUUAACAGAAAUGGGCAAUACUGAAGAAACCUUGGUGUUACUGAUCUAGGCACACUUCUUGGAAGAGUCUGCAAGUUCUGGGGGGAGAUCCCAUCUCUGUGCUGGAUUAUUUAAUACUUCAGACUCUGGUGCUUUUCAGAAAAAAUAAUCACUACAUUUCUGUAGCCACAGUUUACCCAAGGGAAUACAUGUUGUUUUUUAUGGUAGAUGUUAUUUUUCUUUAAGGUUACGAAUAGGUUAUUUAUAUUUUUGUAAAUUCUGUGCUGUUACCAUUGGAAUUCUUCUGUAGCGUUGUUACUGUUGGGUUUGGGGUGUUGUUUGUGUUCAAAUCAAGCAGAAGUUGAAGCUCCUACCCCCUUUUAAUGGAAGGGGGUUGGUCCCUCACAUUCCUCCAGACCUGGUGCUCUUGAGUGAUGUGUGU